AUGAAAUUAAAGAAGGCUGAAAUAGUGGAGGAGCUUCAUAAACCAGCUAGGAGGAAUUACACUCGUCGUCAUGAUGAUAUUAGAGGUUUGAAUAAAACCUGGCAAGUCGAUCUAGUGGAGAUGAGGGCUUAUGCAAAUGUCAAUAAGGACUAUAGCAAAGUGCAACGAAGCAAUCCUGUCACAUACAAACUCAUGGAUGUUCAGAAUCAACAAAUCGAGAGUGGCUUCUACCAGGAAGAACUUCAAAAAGUCAAGUGUCCAGAUGUUUACCUCGUAGAAAAAGUGUUGAAGACAAAAGGCAAUAAGAAAUAUGUGAAAUGGAUGGGUUUUGAUAACACUCAUAACAGCUGGAUAAAUAAUGGUGAUUUGUAA